AAAAAAACAGAAUUCAAAGAGGCUUUCUCGCUCUUUGAUAAGGAUGGAGAUGGCACAAUCACCACCAAGGAACUUGGAACAGUGAUGAGAUCUCUUGGACAGAACCCAACUGAAGCAGAACUUCAGGAUAUGAUUAAUGAAGUAGAUGCAGAUGGUAAGAGUAUUCCUAAAAAUUGUUUGAAAUUGGAUCUCUUGAUUACAAAUAACAAGAAGAGCAAAUUCCAACUUUUUAAAAGGUUAACUGAGAAUUUGCAUGUGUAAACCUAUUUGAGCCAGUACUGUUCUGUUUACCAGAUCACACACAUCACCUUUAUUUCACCUUGGAUUUACAAGAGUAGUUGUAUAGCUAAUUUCUCAGGGAAGGAAAAAAACAGAAAAUAAAUAAAUAUCAAAAAUAAAAUUGUAUAUUAUAUGCUUUCUAAUCAGUUUUGAAUUGCUACUAGAUAAACACAGUGUAGGUAUGAUGUUUACAUUGCUACAUCUUGCUUAGGAGAUCUAAAGAAUUCAACAAAGGUACAUCAUGUUAAGCCAGUAACAAGUAUGUUCAAUAUACUUGUUACUGGUUCAGACAGUUUUUCCUAUGGCAACCUUUCAAAUUCUGAUAUAUUAUGAUUCUAGUGAAAAGAUUAAAGAAGACUAACUUUCCUAAGUUAUUUUGUUAUGUUUCUCUCAGUACUAUUGCAGUUAAAGUUAUUCACCAAAGAAUUUCACAAAUAUGACUGCAUUUUUUCAGGUAAUGGAACAAUUGACUUUCCAGAAUUUCUUACCAUGAUGGCCAAGAAGAUGAGAGAAACUGACAGUGAAGAGGAAAUCAGAGAGGCUUUCCGAGUGUUUGAUAAAGAUGGCAAUGGUUUUAUCAGUGCCUCUGAGUUGCGACAUGUGAUGACAAACCUGGGAGAGAAACUUACAGAUGAAGAAGUUGAUGAGAUGAUUCGAGAAGCAGACAUUGAUGGAGAUGGACAAGUCAAUUAUGAAGGUCAUGGUUUUUCACUUUUUAAAUAG